GCAGCCUUUGCGCAUAUGCAGAACAACAAGAGAGAAGUCGGCAGAGACGGAUAUAGUCAUAUCUCAAGUAAUUUACAGUGGCAAGAAGAUUCGUUCUCGGCAGCAUAAAAUAAAAAAUACAGCCUCUGCAGACAAACUGCUGGUUCUCAGUGAUGUCUUCUGAGUGGUGGCAGCAGUGGCCCCUGCUGGUCAGAAAUGGUAGCUCUCCCAUCCUGGACAACAGCAGCUGCUUCAGCUCCACACAGAGUACCGUACUCAAGGGAGUCAACUUUGGAGGCGUGCCAGUUGUUCUGCUGCUCGAUUUCUGCGUCUUUGUGGCAUUGCUCACCAUCUUCACCAUUGUCAGGAGGAAGUUCUGGGAUUAUGGACGUCUGGCAUUAGUUGCAGACAAAAAAGGGCUCACAGAGACAACACACCGUCACUAUGGACGCAUGUCAUCUUUUGUAGAUGACCCUGAGUAUGAACUGGGAUGCUGCUCUUGGCUGCCUUAUAUCAUCAGAAUGGAUGAGGAAAAAAUCAAGGCCAGAUGUGGCAUGGAUGCUGUUCACUACCUGUCCUUCCAGCGUCAUCUGAUUGCCUUGCUGAUAGUAAUAAGUGUCACCUCCCUUGGAAUCAUACUGCCUGUGAACUUGACUGGAGACCUGCUGAAUAAUGAUUUUGGAAGGACAACUAUUGGGAAUCUUCAGCACGGAAACCACCUGUUAUGGCUGCAUACAGUGUUCGCAGUUCUGUACCUGAUCCUGACUGUUGCCCUGCUGCGACGCCACACCUCACAGAUCAAAGGAAUGCGCAGAGAGACAGCCAGAAACACCUUGUUUGUGAGUUCAAUCCCUGAAACAGCAACGGAUGAAGCUAUAAAGACCCAUUUCACAGAGGCGUACCCUUCCUGUCAAGUGUGUGCCGUGACCUUGGGCUAUAACGUGGCAAAGCUCAUGCAUCUCGAUAAGGAAAGGCUGCGAGCUGGAAAAAACCUGCACUACUAUGAGCGUGUCUUAGACAGCACAGGGGAACGUGAGCUGAUUAACCCCCAGUUGUGUGGUCACCUCUGUUGUUGUUGUGCCAACUCUGAGAAGGUUGAUGCCAUAGAGUACUACAGGACUAAAGAGAAAGACCUGUUGGAAGAGGUGAGGAAGCAGGCAGAAGUGGUACCACAGCACCCCCUGGGGAUUGCCUUUGUCACCUUGCAGACAGAGGCUAUGGCAAAGUACAUUCUGAAAGACUUCAAUGCACUCGAAUGUGGUGGCACAAACUGCUGUUGUGGGAGGGUACCCCAACCUUCAUCCAACAGUAAUACCCUGAAAGUGAACAAGUGGAGGGUCAGCUUUGCACCCCAUCCCAAAAAUGUGUUUUGGGACAAUCUCUCAGUGCGGGGUUUUUCCUGGUUCACGCGCUACAUGAUGCUCAACUUCUUCCUUUUCUUCCUGCUCACCUUCCUCACGACUCCCUCCAUCAUUAUCAGCACCAUAGACAAGUUCAAUGUAACUAAGCCCAUCUACUAUCUCAAUAGUCCUAUCAUCAGUCAGUUCUUCCCCAGUCUCCUGCUGUGGUCCUUCUCUGCACUGCUGCCCACCAUAGUCUACUAUUCAACACUAGGAGAGGCACACUGGAGCAGGUCUAGUGAGCAGCUGAGCAUGAUGCGUAAGCUGUACUUCUUCCUGCUCUUCAUGGUGCUAAUCCUCCCUUCGCUAGGACUCACCAGUCUUGCAGUGUUUUUUCGCUGGCUGUUUGAUAAAGAGUUUCUCUCAGAACGAAAUCUGAGGUUUGAGUGUGUGUUCUUACCUGACCAAGGUGCAUUUUUUGUCAACUACGUGAUCGCAGCAGCCCUGGUGGGCUCUGGGAUGGAGUUGCUGCGGUUGCCAGGGUUACUGCUGUACAUGAUUCGCAUGGCGUUUGCUCGCUCUGCUGCUGAAAGGAAAUAUGUCAAACAGAACCAGGCCUAUGAGUUCGAGUAUGGAGCUAUGUAUGGCUGGUCCCUGUGUGUGUUCACUGUCAUUAUGGCUUACAGCAUCACAUGUCCUAUUAUUGUGCCUUUUGGUCUCCUGUACAUGAUGCUUAAGCACCUGGUGGACAAACACAACCUGUACUUUGCCUAUCUACCCGCUCGCAUAGACCGCCAUGUCCACUUGGAAGCUGUCAACCAAGCUCUGGCUGCACCCAUCAUCUGCCUAAUAUGGCUCUACUUUUUUUCUGUCCUCAGAACAGGUUUCUGGGCUCCCACAUCUCUAUUCACACUGGUGGUCCUGUGUAUCACUGUCUUCAUCUCUGUUUGCCACACCUGCUUUGGCCAUUUCAAGUACCUCAGUCCGCACAACUACGAGGUGAAAGAGGAGGAUGAGGAGGCAGCGGAUGGCGUGGAAGAAAACAGCACGGUCUACCUUCCCAGAGUGCUUAAUCCCAAAUCGCCUGCCAGCGUCCCACAGGAGUCGGAUCCCCGGAAGUCUUAUGGCACUACGCAGGAGAGCAUGGUCUACAGCCCAGAGGAGAAAAGCAUGUCAGAUGGCUGAAUCAGUGUAUUUCAACACCGAGUCAAAACUUUGAAGACAAUGAUUUCAGCAUUGGAAUCAGAGUUCGAAUUGACCUCGUUGAUCAGUCUGUUCCACUGAGAGAAGACCUCCAGAUGUUACUGCAGAAAAGGUGCAACAGAUUCCAAAGAUCAUACAAGCUUCUUUUGGAAUUAUAUACUGUAAGUAUCAGUGAGGUCAGCGUGAAAUUAUUUGCACUUAAUCAGCAUAGGGCACACAGCCAUGAGAAACCAGCUCAGUCUUCUAUCAUAUCCAUUAUAAAACACAGUUACUUGUUCUUUUUUCUGUAUGAGGCCUCUCCAAUAAGGACCAAUUUACCAAGAAAUGUUAAGUCGAAACCUGCCAUUUCAAACAAACUGCAAUGAUUGCCGGGAAAAAAUGCUGGAAUUAUUUUUUUGCACACGCCAAAGGUAAUUAUGCAAGUAUUACUGGAGCAAGAUAAUCAAACCAGCAAAACUGACCCCAAAGACAGGAGAACCAAGUACAGCUUGUUCUUUUUUUGUCCAGAGUUUAAAUUUCUUCACAGUGCCUUUCUGAUGCUCAGAGGACAAAACCCGCCAAGGGAAUAAUUUAUUGUCUACUGUUAAUAAUGCAGUUUUUGUAUCAUGAAAGGUCUGUCAUGUGUUUACUAAAAA